AGAUGGCGAAUGUGGGAGAGUGGAAGGUGUGGUGUUGUGUUUUCUUUGUGCUUUUACGUGUUAUCAAAACAGAAUAUGUACGAUCCGAUAGAUCAGCCCGACGGGGACCAGCCCCGGAGUUCUCCCGACACACCGUCAUCAAGCCCCGCAUAUACCACGGCCGAGAGAAGCGCGAGAUCGCAUCCACCAGGGAGAAAGAUGGUGGUGGUCAUAUACAUGAUCUGACGAUAGGGUACGAUAUAAAUGGGAAGGAUUAUGUAUUGGACCUUCGCCUAAACAGGGAGCUGGUCCCAAAAUCAUACUUUGAAAGAUAUCAGCACAAUGGGCAACAUGUUGUAAAUAAACCGACUGGAAAGGAUGUUGAAUUGUGCCACUACCAGGGGAAGCUCCGAGGCAUUCACAAAUCAUGGGCAGCCAUAUCUACAUGCCAUGGACUCAGUGGUGUGAUAUUUGAUGGUGAAGAAUUGCAUUACUUGGAGAGAGGAUCAAAUGAUGAAGGAGGAGGGGGAGAAGAAGGAGAAGAAGAUGAUGAUGACAAUGAUGAUGAUGGCGAUGAUAAUGACAGUAAUAGUGAUGAUGAUGGAGGAGAAGAGAAUGGAAUUACAGCUUUGCAUUUCCUCUACCGACAUGCCGAUGUGAAGGCAAAUCAAACUUGUGGAUACUCAGGGACACCACAUCAUAUCUUAGAUAAUCAGGAAUUUAACAGAAUUCUCAGGUACAAACGCAACACAGAUGUGAUUCGUGGGCCAUACAAUGCCAACAGACAAUCGCGAUAUGUUGAGUUGGUGCUAGUUGUGGACAAUAAAGAAUACAAAGAGCUGGGAGAAAGUCGAGAGAAGGUGAAUCACCAUUGCAAGGAAAUUGCCAACAUCAUUAAUGCUUUGUAUGUGCCGCUCAACAUCUUCAUUGCACUGGUGGGAGUUGUGGUUUGGACAGAAUAUGAUGAAAUUUCCCUCUCACAAAAUGGAGAUACAACGCUGACAAACUUCUUGCAUUACCGCCGUGAACGAUUGGUCAAAGAGCAUCCAAACGACAAUGCACAGCUGCUCACGCGAGUGCAGUUUGAAGGUGGUGUUGUUGGUAAAGCUCUUAAGGGCCCCAUUUGCACAUUUGAGUUCUCUGGUGGUGUGAGUAUGGACCACAGUAACGUGGUAGGGCUGGUUGCCACAACUGUUGCACAUGAGAUGGGGCACAACUUUGGUAUGGAACAUGACACAAAUGAGUGCCAGUGUCCAAGUGAGCGUUGCAUUAUGGCACCCUCAUCUAGUUCAAUGAGUCCAACACAGUGGAGUUCUUGUAGUUUAGAGUACCUGGCACUGGCGUUUGAACAUGGGAUGGAUUACUGUCUGCGCAACAAGCCUCAAAGCCUGUUUGAUAGUCCCGUGUGUGGGAAUGGAUUUGUGGAGGCUGGUGAGCAGUGUGACUGUGGAAUGAAGGGCCACUGUGACAACCCUUGCUGCAAUGCAUCCACAUGUAUGCUGUAUGCCAAUGCUUCGUGUGCUACAGGCGAAUGCUGUGACCUGAAGACCUGUCGGCCCAAGACAGCAGGUAGCAUUUGCCGAACAGCAGACCAUGAAUGUGACCUCCCAGAAUACUGCACAGGACAAUCAGAGUACUGUCCUGAUGAUGUGUUCAAGAUGGAUGGUGAAUCAUGUGACAGGGGCAAGGCAUUCUGCUACCAGGGUUCAUGUCGAACGCACUCUGAUCAAUGUCGUCUGUUGUGGGGCCCUACAGGCAAGAGCUCAGAUAUGCAGUGCUAUCAAAUGAACACCAAGGGCACUCGCCAUGGAAAUUGUGGUUACAAUCGUCUGAACCAGUCCUACAUGAAGUGCAAUGAUAAUAACGUUUACUGUGGCAUGCUGCACUGCAGACAUCUGAAUGAAAGGCUUGAGUUUGGGAUGGAAUCUGUGGCCAUCCUGUCACACUCAUUCAUCAACUCAGGUGGUGACAUCAUCCCAUGCAGAACUGCCAUUGUGGAUCUGGGGCUUAACCAGGUGGACCCAGGACUGGCUCCUGAUGGAGCCAAGUGUGGGGAAGGAAAGUUGUGUGUAAAUCAGAAGUGCAUGGCAGUGAGCUCCCUGAGACAACAGGCUGGUGCUGGUGUAUGUCCACAAGACUGCAAUGGGAAUGGUGUGUGCAACAGCCGAGGGCAUUGCCACUGUAAUGUGGGGUUUGCCCCUCCUCUCUGUGACUACCCUGGUACAGGUGGCAGUGAGGACAGUGGCCCAGCCUCUGAUCCUAAUGCACGCCGUGAUAUAAUGACAGCAUUAUAUGUGAUAUUCCUUGGCAUCGUCCCAUUUGUGGCAAUCAUAGCACUCAUCAUGUACUACACCCGCCGCAAUGUCAAGUACUGGUGGAAGAAGAGUAACAGCCAUUCUGCACCCACUAUCCAGCCUCCAUCGACCAAGCUUGCAGAAAAGAAACCACUCCCACCAACACGACAUAUCAGCCGUGGCAAUUCCAUGGCAUUUCGAGGUUCUGGCAACAUGGCCAAUGGAGUGCGUGGACUAGAGAUUUCCAACCCUCUUCCUGCAGAUGCAUCAACAGGAUCUGACAGUGCUCAUGUGUCACUUCUUCCCAAGCCUGAUGGCAGCAAUAGUCUAGGUCCAACCAUCAAUCCUUUAUCCUCAGUCAGCAUGGAUGGCACAACUUCAAGCCUUCAGAACAAUUUCUUUGGGCAAUUCAAGGGCUUCAGCAUCACUCCUCUUCCUUCAAACAACCCCUCUCCCACUAAGCUCCCAUCCACACCCUCAAGAGGCAAACCUGUUCCUAGCAACCUUACCACUUCUGUUCAAUCUGUUCAAGUCACACCUUCCAAGUCUUCAAAUAUUCCAUCCCGGACAAAUAGCUCAGUUGGCAGUACAGGACUCAACAACACAGCAGUGUCAUCUGCAAUUUCAUCUGCAAAUAUAACUGCGGCAUCUAUUGCCCCAGCUCUUCCACCUGCAAAUGAACCCUCAGCCACAACCCGCCCAUUCAUCAGUAGCCCGAUACUAGAUGCCACAACCUGCACAGCCAAAGAGCUCAUCUCUUCUACACCAUCAGUUCCCAGUAGGCCAGCUCCAGAAGUUCCCUCCAGCAGUGUGGCAACACCUGGUUACACUCCAUUGACUGGCUCUUCCAGUAAACCAGCACGACCACUAUCCUCACCUAACUCCCUUGCUGUUGGUGCAUUUCCAUCUCAGCCAUUGGAAGAGAAGAAGGCAAAGGAAAGUGGCUCAAGUUACCCAACACUGACUCGUCUGGCUUCAUUCAUGAUGCGACAGAAUUCAGGAGGAAUUGGUAGGAGUCAGAGCCAGAAUCAAGGUUCUUGUCAGCCUAAUGAGAGGUUUAAAGGCAAAGAAAAGAACAAAGCUAUGGCAAGUGGGAGCAAUUCAUUGCCCAGGACCCACCACCAUGGAGUGAAAGCCAACAAGCUUCAGAUUGACAAGGAAACACUAAGGAACCUACAGAUCUCAAAUCCCAUCCCACAGCAGGACAUUGAUAUUCCUCAGAAUGUAGUGCCAGUGAGACCUGCCCCAAGCCCACCUUCUAAUGAUUCUUCUAAGCAAGUUGUAAUGCGGGCACAGAGCCUGCGAGAUAAGGGACCAGUUACCCAAAGACCCUCCAUACCAACAUUUGGCUCAAUGCGACAGCCCUCAGGCACCAGACGGCCAACAAGCAUCCCAGCUGGAGCACGUCCAACAUCUCCACCUCCUCCUAGGCCUCCUCCACCACCCACAAAGUCUGGAGAACUAGCAACAGGAAUUAUUGGCCUACCAGGAUACCAGAAUCCACCUGCAGUGAGCCCGGUGGAUUACUGCUAUGAUGACUGUCUUAACCUCCUCUCUGAUGGCAAUGCACCUUUGGCUGAUAUAGAUGAAGAGUCAAGUCCAAAUAGUGCUGACAAUAUAUAUGCAGUGAUUGAGGAGAGCCCUCCAGGAAGUAACAGAAAGAAAAUUGGAAGUUUCUCUCCACCAUCAGAAUAUGCAGCUCCAGUACCACUAAAAUCAAGUAAUGCUAGUGAUAACUAUAGUAUACAUUCUAAAUCUGAAUAUACAUCACCCAAUUCCAAUGAAUACAAAUCUCCAAAACCUGUAGAGAAUAGCAUUUCUGCAGGAAGUUUAGAGUCAGUUGGACUUCUUUCAGAGAUUGUGAAUGAGAUCCAAGCCAGAAACAUGGAAUCAAUAUACAGCACAUCAACACUUGGAAGAAAGAAGGGUGCUAAAGGUGAUGGAUCAGAUGUUGAUGAUGAAUCAUCCACCAUUACAGCUACAGACUCCUCCAUAGCUGGCUCUGUUUCUCCUCAACUAUCACGUGAUAAAUCUAGUGCAGUAGCUUCAUCCAAUAGUUCACUUGGGACAUAUGUGAAUGCCAACAUAUACCGCCCCAGUGGCAGUGUGUAUAGCAACCUGUCAACCCAGACAAAUCCAGCCAGCUCACCACAGCUGCCCUCUGUCAAUACCACUAGCAGUUCCUCCAGCUCAAGUAGUGGCUAUCUUAGUCCCAAGCCUCCAACAACAACAACUCAGUCCUCUGCAGUCAACAGUACUCCUAACACAAGCAUCAGUAAAGGCUUCAGCACUUUCAGAUCUCCCCUGCAGACUACAAAUACAUCCUCAACACCUAGAACAGUUGUGUCAGCUGCUCCUGUUACAAGGCCAACUCCAGUGGACGUUAAGAAAACACCAAGUGUUAUUAGUCCUCCAACAGCUGCAUUGCCAGAAAAUGUUUCUACAUAUAAACCAUACAGCUCCACACUGCAGCGCUCACUAGGGCCCCUAGCAGCAAGUUUUCGAGGUAGUAGCUCUUCAGCUUUGAAAGACAGCAAAGCAGAUAAUGUGUCGAGUGAAAUGUCAAAACAGCUUGUGACUCAGAAUGCGGUUCCUCCUGUGCACAACAAGAACACAUUGAGCAAAGUGUUGGCUGGCUCCCCUUUGCCUGCCACAACUCCGAAGGCUUCAGGAAAUGAUAAGAAUACCCCAUCUGCUACAGUAAAACCUGCUAGUGCUCCAUCAUCGACAUCAUCAGCAUCUUCACAGCCUGGAAGGUCAUCAUUACACCGCACUCCGACACCUCCUAGUUUGUCUGUUAAAACAUGUGUUUCAGGUGCUAGUGGUUCUACAAAACCUGUCUUGAGCACAACAAAGGCACCCCUCACAGCUACAGUUAAUAGCAAUGCUUUGCAUCGUGCGAAAGCUCUUGCUGCUGGAGUAAGAGGUCAGACUCCUGCUAACAACAGUCCAGAUGUUGUGUCAAGUUGUUCAGUGGGAGGAAGUGGUAGCAGUGGAAGAUCCCCAGAUGUUAUAGGUGGUGGAAAGACAGAUACUAAAGCCAGUCUGAAGUCUCCUGAUGUCAUAGCUGCAAGCACAACAGUGAAACCUCUUCCAAAUCUCCCAACAAGAAGUACUGCCCCAAAUGAAGUUAAUGCUGUCAAUAGGAGUGCAUCUGUAGCUGGAAGUGGAACUACUAAAUCUGCAGUGGGCACCGGCAGUAGAGUGUCAUCUGUCCAUUCUUCCUUCAAAGGUAGCCCAGCUGUGAAGCAGCCACAACUAGCUCCAAAACCUUCAGUAUCAAUAUCAAGACAUGGUGCACCCACAGCUACAGGAAGCAUUUUGCAACAGGACAAAACAAAAUCUGGGGCAGCUGGGGUGAAGGAUGUAAGUGGUAAAGUUACAGGACUGGGGAGGGGGACAGCUGUGACAAAAUCUGUUUCAGAUGUGACAGGCAGUGCAAACAAAUCAAUGCCUGCAGCUGCAAGAGCUGCAGCAAGCAAACUGUCUCAUGUUGCAUCAUUACAGCAGAAAUUUGAAACAGUGGCAGCAAGUGAGAAAGGUGCAACAACAGUUUCUAGAACACCAUCCAGUGGUGCUAACAAAACACGACCAACCUCAUCUACAGUAGGAUCUAAAGGUGCCACUACACAAUUGUCCACAGGCAGAAAUACUGGCUUUAAGAAAUGAGAUUAUUGAGUUGGUAUACAUCAUACUGAUGUUGGCAGAGGUUGAGGUGGCCCCAGGCUGUGGGGCUGUCAGUAAUCAUGGGCUGACCAAACCAAGGAACUGGUUUGAGAAAAUCAUGACUUUACCUAGUCAGAUUGAAUAGAGGGAAGUUUAGGUACAUCAUAGCUGACAGAUAGGAUGUCACUUACUUUAAUGUAAAGGUCAGGAAAUUGAUGGCAGUCACAUAAGUAUUGUUCCAUCUGUAAUCAGAAAUGAGGACACAGCAGUAUUGUUUCUUGCAUAAUGAUUUAGGUGCAUCUGAUCCUCCAUGAGAAAUGUGUAUCAAAAGCAUAGCUUAAUAAUCCUAAUAAUCCAUGAUCAAGACAGCAGCAUAUCUAAAGUUAGUAAGAGUUCAUGCUUUAUAAAUAUAGUAUUGUAUUGAUUUGUGUGUGUAAGCUUGAAACUGCCCUGUGUAAAAAUAAUGUUUGCUGGGAAUUCAGUGUCCAUACAGGAGGGGAUUCUUUGAGAACAACAGGUUUAUAUGACUUCUUCCACUGUAUGCAGUGGAACUCCCAUUCACUGUCCAUGAUUUGAGGUUUCCCUUCAUUUAAUAUUCAUUGUUAGUAUUAAAUUACCCCAAGUUUUUAAGAUUUUCCUUAAAUUUAUGUUCAAAUCCACUGCAACCCAAAGAAGCUUUAAAUAUGGGUUUCACUGUAGUUGGAUUCCAUGGCAUGUACACAGCAUUACUGCCCUUGGAUAUUAUUGUCAUCUUCAUUUUCAAAAUGACACAUGGACAUGAUAAAAAACUGUACUGCAUGGUAGAAAUUAUUUGACAUUUACCAUUCUGGAGUCACUGAAUAUAUGUACUGGCAUAAACUUCAUUGUGUAUGUAAUGUUGAGCUGAUUAAAUUAAUUCUCUAAUGCUGUGGUGUUGUAAUAGCUAUGUGCCUGCUGUGGCAUUAACUAGAAUAAAUUCCAGGAUUAAACAGAAAAGUUAUAUAAGAAGACACAGACAGUGGGUGUGAAUGAGUUAAAAAUUUAUAUUUGGGAAUUGUUUUUUUUUGGUGAAUAUACUGAUUUUGCUUACAAUACAAGCAAGUGGCAAGCUUUUGUGGUGUUGGUGGUGGUUUUGAACAUUUUCCAACCAAAACAUAAAGUAAUUUAUUGAAGAGCUUAUUAACUAUACUAUCGAGGGCUCAUAACUACAACUUUACCUGUUGUGUUAGGGUACAAAACUUAGUAUCUUACUCUGAAGGGGAACAUAGAUUGUGGGUGUUCCGAAUGAAGUGCUAAGGAACAUAAUUACUACUAAGAAAAAUAUGUGGUAACUUGAAACAACUGCAUAAUGUAGAGCUUGAUAAUUUGUUCCCUACACCUAAUAGUAUUAGGAUGAUGAAAACAGGAAGAUGGAUAGAACUUGUAGCAUAUGAGCCAAAUGAAAGACAUGUACCACAUUUUGAUCAGAACAUUUCAGUUGAAGAGGCCACUGCGAAAUCCUCAGCAUAGAUGGGAGGAUACAAUUAAAAUAUAUCAUAGAAAAAUGGAGUGAAUUCCAUUGGCUUAUGAUAGGCCCAAUAGCAGACUCUUGAGAAUAUGGUGAUGAAUUUCUGGAUUCUGUUAAAACAAAGAAUACUUGAUCAGCACAGUCAUUUCAAGAAUGAUCCUGUACCAUGAAUUUGUGAUAACAGGAAUACUCUUAAGGUGGUGGUGAAGUAUUAGUCCUCCUCCUUGCAGGACAUAUUUAUCUUAUCACUGCCUUAUGCCGUGUAAAUUUAGAUCAGCAGAGGAAAGUUAAUCUGGGCAAUUUAUAAAAAUAACUUCCUAUAAAUCUCAGUGAAUGUUUUUUCAUACUUAAGAACUAGAACAUUUUAUUUGGAAGGAGAAUGUAAAAUAAGGAAGACUGGUAUGAAUAUGGCAGUUGUUUAAGAAAUUAUUCUGAAUUUUAAAAGGAUGGUUAAUGGCACAUCGAUCAAAUCUUUUACUGUCACUUUAAUGUGGUAAGUUCUUCUUCUUGGAUAAAGUUAAUUGGGCUUUACAUUCUGUUACAUACUUUACAAGGCAUGAAGCUUGUCUAGGUUUCAUCUAGGUGGUAACUAUUUGAUGUUAUAAUAUUGUUGAAACAUGUUUUUCUGUGAACUGAAUCUCAGUUCUGUGAUAUGUACUUUUCUCACUCUGAACUUAAAGGAUGAUAAGUCGUUUUCUUUUUAGCUCUUUGUGAUGUAUUCAUAAUGCUCCAGGACAAAACUUGCAGCCAAAUUUAGCAUGACUAUUGUACAGUUGAAAGAAUUAUUUUGUACUUCCAGUCCCCUAAUGAGUUCCUUAACUUUCACUGAAUAACGCUGGCAGACAAUACAAGCAUACCGUAAACAUGUUGCAUGUACAUAUAUAUUCCUGAAAUCGGUUUUAGUAUUUGUUAUUAUCUUCCUUUAAUCAGCUAAAUAAUAGUUUCAGAAUUUCAGUUUUUGUAAUUGUGUCCAUGGUUAAUUUUCCUGAACUUCUCUCUUUUGUCUGCAUUAUAUUAAAUCUGUUUCAUUGUCACUAAUUAUUUGUUUUGAAUGAUCACACCCUUUGGUGGAUUGUUACUUCAAACAAAAAAUUGAGUCACUCCAUUAGUGCCUGAAUAUUACAUGUGUCUUUGUGUGAUUAUGGUGUUGUACUGCUCUCUCUGCCUUCUCUCUUUUCUGUAAUUCGUCAAGUUGUUCCUGUUCAUUAAACUGAAUAUUUUAUUGCUACUCUUUCCAUGCUGUUUUUUUAUCAAUGGACUCAAUAGAAUAGGUGUCUUCCACCUUCUCACCUGAAGACAGAAGCAGAUUGAGUUUGCAAAACAUUGUGGCCUUUAGAAUACCAGGUGAGAGACAGAGCCCAAAAACCCAGCAAUCCUGACUGUUCUUUUUGUGUGUGUGUGUGUGUGUGUGUGUGUACAUGUACACCCGCAUGUGCAUGCACGUGCACACACAUACACACAUAGAAAUAUUCAUAUUGCACCACGAUAGGGUUAUGGUGUAGUGUCUAGGCUAUGGGCUAAAUGAUUAGAUAAUCAGGAUCAAUUCCCAGCAGGGGCAGAUACUUCCUUUGCACGACAUCCAGACCAGCUCUGAGGCCCACCCAACCUCCUAUCCAGUAGGUACUAAGCUUAAUAUCAGCUGGCAUGUGACACAACUCAUUUCCAUCUGGUGCUGGAAGUUUAGGAAAUGCUGUACCUGUACCUCCACAAUAAGGCAAAGGUUUGUAGAGGGCUGUAGUGCCAGUCUUUUACCUUUCAUACUAAAGUGUCAUAUAUCAGACAUAAGCCUGAAGGGACUGGGAUUUUGAGCAAAAUAUUUAAUUUCUAGCAAGAGAAUAGUUAAAUGACUUGUGGAGCAAGAUGAAUGCCUCAAAAGAAGAGCUCUUGCAUGUUAUAAGGAAUAACACUUUUUAAUGCAAAAUUAUUUAUAACUGUAAAUGUAUCAGAAUAUGAAAUCGAGUCAGGAGAGGACAGCUGUGUAUCUUCUCUGAGUACAUUUGUUGCUGGGUUUAUACAGCUGAUUUUCUCUUCAUUUAGUUAGUAUGUUCAGGUUGAACUCAUAAGGCAGCCUAGGCCAGGAUACAGUCAGUUCAGGACAACACAAUUCUUUACAAUUCCUGAAGGUUGAUUAAUAAAAGAUUAACACAGGAUAUUCUGCUGGCUGAUCAUUGUUCCUCUGAAUACUGUUGUUUGCCCAUCUCUACAUUUAUCAUCACACCAGUCAAACUUGCUGCUAAAGUUUGCACAAAACAAACUCCUUGACCCUGUGAUGUAUAUCUUUGCUAGUAAAUAAAGUUGUUUACUCUCCACACAUCUUGGUCAAGUGGUCUGAUAUGGUUUGAUGUGUAGGUUGUUUUCAUGCUAGGUCAUCAGAGGAUAUACCUGUUCUCCUGAAAUGAUGUACAAUUGUCAGAAGUUUCUGAAAAUGUUUGAUAAGUGUAUACUACCUUUGAUCUUAUUUGAAGUGUGAAUGCUAUAAUUUUAAAUAUUUUCUUGUUAUUGUUUCCUUUAUAUGGAGCAUUCCAGGCCAAAGCUCACUGAUUAAAUGUAGUGAGAUAGUUGGAAAGGUUUAUGUCUGGGCCUUAUUGGCAUAAUAAGUAGUUUUCUGAUACAUUUACAGAAGCACAGAUUUCUGCUAAUGAAACUUAAUAUUUGUUAUGAGUAUCUCUUAAAGUCUAAUUUUCUAGGAACCUCAUUUCCUAGCAGAAUCAAAAGGAUAGUGAGUGGGAGAAACCAAUCAUGGAUCAUAUGUGUUUACAAGAAAACCGCCAUACUGUCCUGAUGGAACAUAGAUCGCAGAAGUGCAAAACUAUUUUGAAGACCUUUAUGCAGAAGAAGGUAAUGUUAAUAUCCCUCAAUGCUGCUCUGAUUCAAAAUAUGCAUGAAAAAUAAUGGAUGAAUGAUAUGAUUAUAUUCCAAAGUCGCAUACACUGAACUGUACACACAGGGUUCUAAAAUUGUGUCUCAUUCAAAACAUAAUCAAGUGGUUAGAGCAUAUAUCAAGAUAAGUGUACAUAUUACAGAUACCUUGAUUUGUAGUAUAUAAUAGUAUAUAAUUAAGCAUAAUUGAAUGAGCUUGGGGAAAAUCAACUAGACCAAAUGAUAAUGAAUCAGUGAAUGAAUUAAUAAAUCAUUUGGAUCAUAAUCAUAUUUGAAUGGCUCUUAGCACUGGUGUUAUUCAAACAGGGACAGUAUUUUUAAAAUUAUAUAAUUUUUAAAAGAGAAAAGAUCAGUUGAAAAGAAAGAGUUUUAAGUCAUGGAACUCCCAAGUAAACUAUUAUAAUGGAGCAAAAAUCUUAUUAUCGCUUACAGUUUUUUUGACUGCAGCCAGUAUAUGUAGACUGUUGCACAACUUAUGGUUGAAAUUUUUCAGGAAAUGCUUCUUUAUGGAUUUGAUAUGAUGUAUCACUGACAAUCUGCAUUUGUAUGCAUUUUGUAGGUCAUCAAAACUUACCUUCAAAUUUUGGGCAGUAACUUAAGAAUUUAUUCUUCAAAGUAGUUUUUACAGCAGUGAUUACAGUGAAGGGUUUGAGGUAAACUUCCACUUAUUUCUUCUUGAAAAUAUGAUUCAGAUUUGAAAACGUUAUUGAAAGAUUCUUACAUAAACAUGAAGAGCUGUUUUUUUGUAAGGUCUUGAAAAGUUAAAUGCACGAAAAACUGAACAGUUAUGAAUUUUAAACAUGGUAACUACUUCUGUUUAUACUUAUCAGAAUACUUCACAAGUAAAUUUUCUUAAUGUAUUCUAGUGUAACAGUACAAAACAGAGUAGAAGUCAUGGUUUAGAAUUUACACAUAUUCAAAUAUGAGGUCAAAAGUUGAUAGAAUGUGUAAUGCAAGAGAUAAUUUCAAAUCCUGCGGCUAAUAAUGAAUGUAGACAUUGUAGAGUCAAACAUCAUCACUUUAGCAAAAAAGAAAAAAGGUUAACAAAUUACAUCAGAAUAUUGCUGAUGAAACGUCUUCUAGCCUAUGAUAAUGAUUGUGUGUGAUUAUGUUGGACAUAGUGUUGGAUGUAUAUAAGUUUCAUUAAUACACCUAUGGACAUUGUCUUUUUUUAUUGUAAUGUAUUAUAUAACUAUGAUAUUUUAUUGUACACAUGCCAAAGAUUUUUGUAUUAUAAUAAUAAUAAAAUAUGCACUAUGUGUAUGAUGCCA